GGACUCAAAUGAUGGAGCUUGUUGUGCCAGAACUGAUUCUGAAGGAAUCUACGUGUGAAAGAAUAGUAUAGUUGAAUUGUUUAUAGUUUGGUGAAUCAAGAUGGGCCGUCCUAAGAAGUCGUCAAAGCAUCAUAAAAAGAAAGUUACACAGACAGAAGAGCUAGUGGAUCCGCCUGUGGAAGAGCUAGUAGAUCAGCCUCUGGAAGAACAAGUGGAUCAGCCUCUGGAAGAGCAAGUGGACCAGCCUCAGGAAGAGCAAGUGGGAGGUGAUAGAACUGAGCCACUGAACGAUGGAGAACACCUAACUGAUGAGAUUGAAGAAGAAGAGCAGAAUGACGAUCAAAGCAACAACCUUGAAGAUGAGAAUGAAGUGAUUAGAGAUGGAAUAAAUUCUGAUAGUGAAUUCUCUGAACCGGCUGCCUUUGAUGAAAGAAAUGAUCCACUUCAACCUAAGAGUAAGAGACAGCGUGGACCAACAAAGAUGAAAUCCAUCGCUAAGGAUCCAAAUGCUCGGGAACCAGUUGACUUCACUCCAAUGGGAGAACUUUAUGGUCCAGGUUCAGUUAAGUUAUCAUCAUACCUAGGUCCCUUAAUCCGAGAACACGUUCCUGUUAUUAUUGAUGAUUGGAGAAAGAUUGGUGAAGAUACCAAAACAGUGCUGUGGAAAUCUGUUCAGAACUGUUAUUUCAAUGGAAGCUAGAGGAAUCAUAAUCGGCCUCCCCGCUGUAAAGUAUGUACCAAACCCCAGACGACAGACACCACAACAAGGAGAGACACCACAACAAGCAGAGACACCUAUACAAGCAGAGAACGAUCAACAAAGAACUGUUGUUUCAAGGGAAGCUAGAGGACUCGUAUGCGGCCUCCCCGCGUUGAACGUUAAACCGAAACUCAGACAACAGACACCACAACAAGGAGAGACACCACAACAAGCAGAGAACGAUCAACAAAGUGAUGGGGAUGAUGAACUGAAGGAGAUAACAAAGCUAGAGUUUAGACGGUCUUGUGCUCACUUAGGCUACUUAAUACGCGUCGAAGAAAAGGAAGAAGACAUUGAUCCACUGUUUCUGGGAUUAUGGAGAAACCUCAAAAACAAUCCCGGCAAGUACACUGCAAUGAAACGCCCAAAAGUAGAAAAAGGACAGUCCUCAAGACGCAAGGCUGAUUGAAGAUUAAUGGCAUGGUUCGUUCUAUUAAUUAGGCAAUAUUGGAGUUCAAGUUUUUUUAGUUCAUGUAUGUUUAGACUUUGUUAAUUUAAUAACUUUAUCGAAUUUAGUUCAUGUUAUGUUUAGACUUUGUUAAUUUAAUAACUUUAUCUAAUUUAGUUCAUGUUAUGUUCUAUUGAAUUUAGACUUUUCGUU